UGCGAGGCCGGGGGCGCGUUCCGCGCCCGUCCACCGAGAAAUGCCGCCCCCACGUGGCUCCCGCUCGCGCUGCUGGCGACCUGCUGGCUGGCGACCCUCGCGGAGAGGACCGCGCUGGAGGUGGGACACCGCCACCUGCGGCUGCACGCUGUCCGUGACACAGCUGUUCGGGACGCAGACGCGCGGGUCCGCCAGAAGGCCGCCCUGGCCAUCGGGCACGGCGGCCCGGAGGCCGCGGGCCGGGCCGUGCCGGAGCUGACGCGCGCGCUGCGGAACGAGAGCGCGACGGUCCGCACGGUCGCCGCCGGGGCCAUCGGGGAAGGCGGCCCGGAGGCUGUGGGCCAGGCCGCGCCAGAGCUGACGCGCCUGCUGCUGGAGAGAUGGAGGCCAAAGAGAGGCCGCGCAGGCCUGCAGGGCUGGCGGCGUGGACAUUGUCAGGGCUGCAGCCGCGCACCUCAGGCCCCUGCUGGACACCUCCAGCAACGUAACGACGCGCGAGAGAGCCGCCUUGGCUACAGGGCUCCGGCCAGUCUGCCAUCGAGGAAGCUCUUCCGCUCCUGCGCAGCAUGCUCAGAGAAGCCCCCAGUCGUCAUAAUCGUCGUACAGAAGAAGCUGACUACCGAAUGCCUACAGCCGCUGCGCGGGCCUUGGAACAGGCCAACGCCAGCGGUGUGGUGA